CUCUCUCUCUCUCUCUCUCUCUUUCAAAGUAGUCUACGAUUUAAUUAAAUGCACAAGAAUUAAAAAUUAAGACAUUCACCUUUUAUAUAAAAAAUAGCUUUAAUAAUAUAAAGUAAAAUUAAUUCAACCAAUCAUUACAAAAACUAUAAAACAUUAUUGAUCACACAGUUUUCAAUAAAACUUAUACUAAUAUAAUAUACCAAAACAUUAUGUAUUUUGAAACAUCAAAAACUCUUCAAAACAUCAUCUAUUUUGAAACGGAAAAAAUAUUAAAAUGCACAAUGUUAAUUAGGUUUUUUAAUUGUAGCUAUAAUUAUAUUUGUGGAUGUUUUAUUGGAUAACUAGGUGUCUGCAGUUUGAUUAAAACAAAACUAGGGUGUCUGCCGGAUAAGUCAAGGGUGUGGCACCCUAGUUUCUCUUCUUCUUUAUUUAGAUAAUCAAAAUUUAUUCAUAUAUCUUAAUCUUUAGAUUUUGUUAUAAGAUGUGUCACAUACUAAAUAAUUUUUUAGUUUUGUUCUCGUAUCCGACAUCGGAGAGUCAACUGGUUAAUUUUCUGGAAGUCUGUUUAUCUUUGCCAUAUGCUAAGCAGACCGGGUUGUUCGCAAUAACAGUUAGAUAUUCCUAUCGCCUAGCUACACAAACAAAUAUAUUUGAAAUGGUACAUUUUAAAUCCGGAGUGCUUAGCACCUUUCCAAGUCCGCCGUAGCACUCGACCAUGUGUGAUUAAAUUUAUUUGUGGAUGUUGACUUAAAAUUGUAAUUUAAUUUAACGUUUGUUGCUCAGCUAGAAAAGUUUCCAAUUUUCACUAGAACUGCAUCUUUCUAAACAAUUCAGCAAUUACAAAAUCACGUAAACGUUGCAUAAGAUGUGCAUGCAAAUCGUUACCCCACGCGGUGAGUGAGCAGACUAAAAGAUCGAAUACAGUGAUAGGCUCACAAAAAAUGGGCUUACUUCUUGCGCUAGUAAAAAUACGAGGGUAUUUUAGUAAUAUGCUAAAUUCAAAAAUUGGAGAGAAACUUGGAGAGUGGGUGAUAACCGCCUCCAACCGUCACUACAAGAAACUUCCGCAGACACAGCACAACACAACACGACUUACCAAACAAAAACAUGGAAGCGGUUAAGAAGGAAGAGAUGAAGAAAGGGCCAUGGAAAGCCGAGGAAGACGAAGUGCUCAUCAACCAUGUGAACAGAUACGGUCCACGUGACUGGAGCUCCAUUCGAUCCAAAGGUCUUCUUCAACGCACCGGCAAGUCAUGCCGUCUCCGUUGGGUCAACAAACUCCGUCCCAAUCUCAAAAGUGGGUGUAAGUUCUCUGCGGAGGAAGAGAGGACUGUGAUUGAGUUGCAGGCGGAGUUUGGGAACAAAUGGGCGAGAAUCGCUACGUAUUUACCGGGAAGAACUGAUAACGAUGUGAAGAACUUUUGGAGUAGCAGAGUAAAGAGACUCGCUAGGAUUCUCCAUAACUCUUCUGAUGCAUCGACUUCUCCCAAACCACCUUCUCGUCGAAACAAAGGCAAAAACGUUAAACCAAUCCAAUGCUUCUAUCCCCCUCAGUUUCAGAGUUUUGGUUUGGUUGAGGAAGAGGUGACUACAGCUUCUUCUUCAUCUUCCAAGAUUCUUCCUUACUCAUCAUCAGACCAAGUUGAUGAAGCCUUGAGGUUGUCUGAAUCGGGUAUCAAGUUAGAACAUCAGCCAUUCUCUUUUGGGACUGAUCCUCUCAUGUCUGAGCCGCAUAUUGCUAAUCAGCAAGCGACCAUCCCUUUCUAUCCAGAGAGCAGAGAGCUUUUGGCUAGACUCGACAACCCUUAUUACUACGAUAUCCUCGGACCGGCUGGUUGUUCUGAGCCGUUGUUCGCUCUCCCUCAGCCGUUUUUUGAGCUGCCUCCUGCAGAGAGAAGGUGUAGACAUGUUUCAAAGGAUGAUGAAGAAGAAGAAGAAGCUGAUGUUUUCUUAGAUGAUUUCCCGGCUGACAUGUUUGAUUGACGAUCCAAAUCAGAGUCCUUAGAUUGUUGUUGUUGUUGUUUGUUUCUGU